AUGGAGACCGAGAAGCUGCAUCAGAUUGGGAGAGACAUCGGCUUAACCGGAGCUGACCUUGCCCAAUUUAUUAAGGAGGGAAUUCAGUACGAGCGGGAGAAAGAAACUGCAGCUCGAGAGGAGAGAAAGGAAGAAAGAGCAUGGAAGCAAGCAGAACUGAAGGCGCAAGAAGCAAAGGUGCAAGCAGAGGUCAGAAGAGAAGAGAUAAAGCUCCGUCAGAUGGAGCUGAAGAAGGAAUCGGUCGAAGAGAAAUCGUCGGAGAGCGAGCACAAUGUCAAGGUAAGGUAUCCUAAGUUACCGGUUUUUAAUGAGAAGGCAGAUGACAUUGAUGCAUAUCUCCAAAGAUUUGAGCGGUUUGCCACUAGUGCGGGCUGGCCGGAGGAUAUUUGGGCGAUAGGCUUAGCCUCGUUGCUCCAGGGACGAGCCCUAGAUAUCUACCAUCAACUAUCGCAGACUGAUGCAGGGAAUUACAGUGAGCUGAAAUCGGCUUUAUUAAGAGGUUUUGACUGUACUGCAGAAGGAUUCAGAGAUCUUGAAGAAAGUGCAGAUCGGUAUAUCGAGGCCCACGGUCAUUUUAGCCUUAGAACCCCCCAACAAGCACCUGUGUCAAGUCAAUCGUCGGCGCAGCAGUUCGGGCAGGUAAAUGAGGGCAAUGACAGGAGCUUCAGAAAGACCCAAUCUUCUACGCUUCCCCAGGUAAAAUGUUAUAUUUGUCAAAAGGGGGGACACAAGGCGUGGGAUUGUUAUUUCAGACCAAAUGCAAAUAAAAGGAGGUCUGCAAGCACGUCAGCGACGUCCGGAGUAAUGAGGAAAGAGGCCGCGGCGGCGACAUCACAGGGAGCGCAGCGCAUCGCUGAGCCCCCGCGAGACGACGCGGCGCAAAUUGUGCAGGUCGACCCGGUGCAGAUGAUUGACGAUCACGGCUGGAUAAAGGUAAAUGAAAAGGGAUUCCGGGUGGCUUGUGGUGGAUCAGGAAAAACUGGAAAUUCGAAGUUAAUCACCAAACCGGGAGAAGUGGAAGGACACAAAGUGACGGUAAUGAGGGACAACGGCUGUACGACGGUGUUGGUGAAGAGGAGUUUGGUACCUAAUUAUAAGUUGACAGGUAAAAACUGUGUAGUUAAAAUGGCUAAUUCGGAUGUAUUUUGUUAUCCGGAAGCAGAAAUCACUGUACAGAGUCCUUUCUAUACAGGAAUAACUAAAGCUGUUUGUGUACCUAAUCCUAUAUAUGACCUAGUAAUCGGAAAUAUACCAGGCGUUAGGGCAGGAAAAGAUGGUGACGGUAAACACACAUGUGGUGUAAUGACACGUAACAGGCAGGCGCCAGAAAGGAAACAGCCACAACUUAAGGUAUUGGCAGUGUCUAACAUGUUAAAUAUGACGAUCAAGCAAGCACAGCAAGAAGACAAGACCUUAGAUGGAGUAAGAAAGUAUGCAGAGGAAAGCAAAGAAUUUUAUCGUAGAAAGAAUAAGGAAUUUUCUAUGUAUAUACUAAGGCGAGGAGUUCUUUACAGACAAGUGAAAAUUGGUAAUUUAGAGAGGGAGCAACUCCUUGUUCCAUCUCAGUGUCGCUCCGCCGUACUCGACUUGGCUCAUUCAAGCAUCAUGGGAGGUCAUCUGGCGACGGGAAAAACCAAAGAUCGAGUGAUGGAGAAGUUUUUUUGGCCCGGUAUAACAAAGGACAUUGAACGAUAUUGCAGAUCGUGUGAUGUGUGUCAGAGGACUGUUGAUAAAGGUAAAGUACGAAGGGCAAAAUUAGGGAAAAUGCCAAUAAUUGGAGAACCUUUUUCUCGUUUAGCUGUUGAUAUUGUCGGCCCAAUUGAUCCGCGAUCUUCUGACGGUUCGAGAUACAUCUUGACGGUAGUGGACUUCGCGACCAGAUAUCCGGAGGCUGUGGCACUGCAGAACAUCGAUACUAUAUCCGUGGCGGAAGCUCUGGUAAAUAUUUUUAGUCGAGUGGGCAUUCCAAGGGAAGUGCUGUCAGACAGGGGGACGCAAUUUACCUCAGCAGUGAUGCAGGAAGUUUAUAGGUUAUUGUCUAUACAGUCCAUUACUACGACUCCUUAUCACGCGAUGUGUAAUGGGUUGGUAGAAAAAUUUAAUGGCACACUUAAAAGGACGCUGAAAAGGAUGUGUGUAGAACAGCCUAAAGAGUGGCAUAGAUAUUUAUCACCAAUACUUUUUGCUUAUAGAGAAGUUCCACAAACAAGCACAAAGUUUUCGCCAUUUGAGCUUGUUUACGGGCAUGCAGUGAGAGGUCCGAUGACCUUGUUAAGGGAGCUGUUUGACGGCGAAGUGAAGGAACCCGAAACGAGGUCAUCAUACGAAUACGUUAUCAAUCUGCGGGAAAGGUUAGAAGACACUUGUCGUAUGGCAUUAAUGGAACUGAAGAAUGCACAGGAAGUUGCACAAUAUUACUAUGACCGGAAAACUAAAGAUAGGGUUAUAGUAUCGGGAGAUGACGUAUUACUACUACUACCUACGAAUUCGAAUAAAUUGCUGUUUCAGUGGAAAGGUCCUUUUAGGGUAGUAGGGAGUCCGAAUAGAUUAAAUAAGAUAGUGAAUGUGAACGGAACUCUAAGGAAAUACCACAUAAACAUGCUAAAAAGGUAUGUACAUAGGGAAUCGAGUGACCCAUUUCCAGCGGCGGUUGUGGUGGUUAACGACGAGGAUAAUGCAGAGGGAAGAGCAACGACAAUUCCCAGUUACAAGCAGCGAGAAACCUGGAGAGAUGUCUCGUUGGAUUCAGACUUGCCAGCUGAUCAUCAAAACGACGCGAGAGGCAUCCUGCAAGCGUUUGGCGACGUGCUCACCGAUGUCCCAGGUAAAACAGAAUUAGAGUAUAACAUUGAAUUAACAGUUCCUGAAAUUAUAAGAGUAAAACCAUAUCCUUUACCGUACAGAUUAGAGGAAGACGUGAAAAAUGAAUUACGUAGUAUGCUGGAGAUAGGCAUAAUUGAGCCUUCAGACUCUGAUUAUUCUACACCUAUUUUAGUAGUCCCUAAAAAAGAUGGAAAUCGGAGACUUUGUUUAGAUUUUAGAAAACUGAACAAGAUUACCAAGUUCGAUGCUGAACCUAUGUGUGAUGCCGAAGCAAUUUUUUGUAAGAUUGGUGGAAGCAAGUACUUUUCUAAAAUAGAUUUAACGAAGGGCUAUUGGCAAAUACCUCUUACUAAGGAAUCUAGAAAAUUUACAGCCUUUUCUACACCUGCAGGAUUAUUCCAAUUCACCGUAUUGCCAUUCGGUCUCGUCAAUGCCCCAGCAGUUUUUAACCGAUUGAUGAGGCAUUUAUUUGGAAACAUGGAUGGUGUGGAGACCUUCCUCGACGACAUUCUGAUUCAUUCGAAGACGUGGAAACAACACUGCGGCAUCUUGCAAAGGGUACUCGGUAUAUUACAGGAAGCAAAUCUAACAGCUCGGCCAAUCAAAUGCGAAAUAGGUAAGAGAAAUUUAGAAUAUUUAGGACAUGUUAUUGGAGAAGGUUGCAUAAAACCAACAAAGGAAAAGGUAUCGGCUAUUCUUAAUGCCCCAGCCCCUACAACAAAGAAAGAAGUAAGGUCAUUCAUGGGGUUAUCAGGCUACUAUCGUCGUUUUGUACCAGACUAUGCAACGAUAGCAGCACCACUUAACGAGAUGGUAAAGAAAAACGCACCUAAUAAAGUGAAGUGGGAAGACAAACAUGAAAUGGCGUUUAACAAGCUAAAGCAAGCAUUGGUAAAUGAUCCUAUAUUAAAACUGCCAGAUGUUAAUAAACCCUUUAUCCUCAGAACUGAUGCCUCGGAUGUUGGAUUGGGAGCAGUGUUGUUGCAGGAGGAAGAUGCAAAAAUGCCCGUGGCAUAUGCAAGCAGGAAAUUGUCGGACGCAGAGAAGAAAUAUUCCGUAGUCGAACGAGAAUGUUUGGCUGUCGUAUGGGCGACUAAAAAGUUUUACAGAUACCUGUACGGACAGCAGUUUUAUUAG